AUGGCCGCUGAAAACGUGCUUUUCCAGCAAGGAGCGGAGGCAAAGAUAUAUUCAUCCACUCUUGUUUCUAAGCCAGUUAUCGUGAAAGAAAGAUUUAAGAAAGAAUACAGGCAUCCAGUCCUAGAUGGGAAACUCACACAUCGCCGCACGUCGCAAGAGGUUCGGUCAAUGGCAAGAUGCAGAAAAGCAGGAAUCUCAACUCCUGUAGUUUAUUUCGUCGAUUAUAUUUCGCAUAAAAUAUACAUGGAGAACGUUCUGAAUGCAGUGCCGGUUAAAGACGUUAUUAACCGCAAGCUUGGGCAAGCCUCAGAGGAAGAUACGCAGAUAGACUUGGAUAUAUUAGCUCAAAAGUUGGGCGCAAUGUUGGGCAAGAUGCAUGCAGUAGAUGUGAUUCACGGUGAUUUAACCACAUCAAAUAUGUUGCUACGUGCAGGGGAAGAUAUCGUUCUCAUCGACUUCGGUUUGAGUUAUAUAUCUUCACUCGUUGAGGACAAGGGUGUUGAUUUGUACGUGUUAGAACGAGCGUUGCUCAGUAGUCAUCCUAAUACCGAGCUAUUUUUUGACGAGGUUUUAAAGAGUUACGCUAACUCAUACGAGAGUGCAGAAAAGGCGGAAGAGGUUCUAAAGAAGUUGGAUGAAGUUCAACUGCGAGGACGGAAAAGGGUCAUGGUCGGUUGAACUUUUCACCAGGACAGACUUUUUGUAGAUGGUUUAUGAUUACCAAUGAAGCAUUGCCUUUGUCGUUAAUUAAUGUUGUAUCAAAUUAGACUGUUUUACAAGCUAGCUAAAAGUUCUAGGAGGAUUCGAAGUGACAUGAAAAUAUGUCCACAAACACCUUGAAUUAUCUUUUUAUUUCAUAUUCUGAAAUAGUAAAUUUCUUAUAAAUUAACAUAAUCACAUCUAUGUUUGGAUCCCAUUUGAAUU